AUGCUGCCCUACCCACACGCUGCCCUACCCAGAUGCUGCCCUACCCAGAUGCUGCCCUACCCAGAUGCUGCCCUACCCAGAUGCUGCCCUACCCACACGCUGCCCUACCCACACGCUGCCCUGCCCUACCCAGAUGCUGCCCUACCCACACGCUGCCCUUCCCAGACACACGCUGCCCUACCCAGAUGCUGCCCUACCCACACGCUGCCUGCCCUACCCACCUGCCCUAGACGCUGCCCUACCCAGACGCUGCCCUACCCAGACGCUGCCCUAUCCAGAUGCUGCCCUACCCACACGCUUCCCUACCCAGACGCUGCCCUGCUGCCCACACGCUUCCCUACCCAGAUGCUGCUCUACCCACACGCUGCCCUACCCAGACGCUUCCCUACCCAGACGCUGCCCUACCCAGAUGCUGCCCUACCCACACGCUGCCCUACCCAGAUGCUGCCCUACCCAGAUGCUGCCCCUACCCAGACGCUGCCCUACCCAGAUGCUGCCCUACCCAGAUGCUGCCCUACCCACACGCUGCCCUACCCACACGCUGCCCUGCCCUACCCACGCUGCCCUAUCCAGAUGCUGCCCUACCCACACGCUGCCCUACCCAGAUGCUGCCCUACCCACACGCUGCCCUACCCCAGAAGCUGCCCUACCCACACGCUGCCCUAUGCUGCCCUACCCACACGCUGCCCUACCCAGACGCUGCCCUACCCACGCUGCCCUACCCACACGCUGCCCUACCCACACUGCUGCCCUACCCAGACGCUGCCCUACCCCCUACCCACGCUGCCCUACCCAGAUGCUGCCCCCUACCCAGACCCUGCCCUACCCAGACGCUUCCCUAGAUGCCCCCUAGACGCCCAGACGCUCCCUACCCAGAUACUGCUCUACCCAGAUGCUGCCCUACCCAGACGCUGCCCUAACCAGAUGCUUCCCUACCCAGACGCUUCCCUAUCCAGAUGCUGCCCUACCCACCUACGCUUCCCUACCCAGAUGCUGCCCUACCCAGAUGCUGCCCUACCCACACGCUGCCCUACCCAGACGCUGCCCUACCCAGAAGCUGCCCUACCCACACGCUGCCCUACCCACACGCUGCCCUACCCAGACGCUGCCCUACCCACACGCUGCUCUGCCCUACCCAGAUGCUGCCCUACCCAGAAGCUGCCCUACCCACACGCUGCCCUACCCACACGCUGCCCUACCCAGAUGCUGCCCUACCCAGAAGCUGCCCUACCCACACGCUGCCCUACCCACACGCUGCUCUACCCAGAUGCUGCCCUACCCAGAAGCUGCCCUACCCACACGCUGCCCUACCCACACGCUGCCCUACCCAGAUGCUGCCCUACCCAGAUGCUGCCCCUACCCAGAUGCUGCCUACCCACACGCUGCCCUACCCACACGCUGCCCUACCCACACGCUGCUCUACCCAGAUGCUGCCCUACCCACACGCUGCUCUACCCAGAUGCUGCCCUACCCAGAUGCUGCCCUACCCACACGCUGCCCUACCCAGACGCUGCCCUACCCAGAAGCUGCCCUACCCACACGCUGCCCUACCCACACGCUGCCCUACCCAGAUGCUGCCCUACCCACACGCUGCCCUACCCAGAUGCUGCCCUACCCACACGCUGCCCUACCCAGAUGCUGCCCUACCCACACGCUGCUCUUUAUUUAGCUUCGGCCUCAAGGCCUUCGUCAUAG